GGUUAACGUUUCAGGACAGGUUUAGGACUAUGACUUCAGGGAUCUAUACGGGCGGCAUCAGGAAAUGCAACAGGUGGGAAACUAUUCGUUCUCGAAAUGAUCUGUUGUUGUUCUCCGGAAGGAAGGUGCACUUGAAGAGAACGCUGCCUGAAUUUGGACGCUCGAGUAAGGGGAAAAAUAAGAACUAGUCGCACGUCCAGCCACAGAAAACCCACAGCCAGGCACCAUGGAUGACACCUUGAGUAACUCCAAUGUGAAGGUCGCAGUUCGCGUCCGACCAAUGAACAGAAGAGAAAAAGACCUGAAGACCAACUGUGUGGUGGGGAUGGAGGGGAACCAGACAGUGUUGAACCCUGCUAGUCAGAACCUCAGCAAGGGAGACUCCCGGAAUCAGCCGAAGGUCUUUGCUUAUGAUCACUGCUUCUGGUCCAUGGACGAGUCCGACACAGACAAGUUUGCAGGUCAAGAUGUUGUGUUCCAGUGCCUUGGAGAGAGUCUUCUGGACAAUGCCUUCUUGGGCUAUAACGCCUGUAUCUUCGCCUAUGGACAGACAGGCUCUGGGAAGUCGUACACCAUGAUGGGUUCGUCAGAGCAGCCAGGUCUGAUCCCGCGGCUGUGCAGCUCUCUGUUUGACCGGACUCUACAGGAUCAGAGGGAGGGAGAGAGCUUCACUGUCGAGGUCUCCUUUAUGGAGAUCUACAACGAGAAGGUUCGCGACCUACUGGACCCUAAAGGAAGUCGUCAGGCCCUGCGAGUGAGAGAACACAAGGUUUUCGGGCCGUACGUCGACGGUCUGUGUCGUCUGGCUGUAGCCUGCUAUAAGGACAUAGAGUGUCUGAUGUCAGAGGGUAACAAGUCUCGUACAGUAGCAGCCACCAAUAUGAACGAGGAGAGCAGCAGGUCCCACGCUGUCUUCAACAUCAUCCUCACACACACUCUAAUGGACCUGGGUUCUGGGACCAGUGGGGAGAAGGUCAGUAAGCUGAGUCUGGUGGAUCUGGCUGGCAGUGAGAGAGCUGCUAAGACUGGAGCUACUGGAGAGAGAAUGAAGGAGGGGAGCAACAUCAACAAGUCUCUGAGCACGCUGGGCCUGGUGAUCUCAGCGCUGGCAGACCAAGGAGCAGGGAAGAACAAGACCAAGUUUGUUCCCUACAGAGACUCAGUUCUCACCUGGCUACUCAAGGACAGUCUGGGUGGUAACAGUAGGACAGCCAUGGUGGCCACGGUGAGUCCAGCAGCUGAUAACUACGACGAGACGUUGUCCACGCUGCGCUACGCUGACCGGGCUAAGAGCAUCGUCAACCACGCCGUCGUCAACGAAGACCCCAACGCACGCAUCAUCAGAGAGCUACGGGAAGAGGUGGAGAAACUACGAGACCAACUCACUGAGGCUGAGUCUAUGAAGGCUCCAGAUUUGAAGGAGAGGCUGGAGGAGUCCGAGAAACUGAUUCAGGAGAUGACAGUUACCUGGGAACAGAAACUACGGAAGACUGAGGCAGUGGCUCAGGAGCGACAGAAACAGUUGGAGUCUCUAGGUAUCUCUCUCCAGUCGUCUGGCAUCAGAGUGGUAGACGACAAGUGUUUCCUUGUCAACCUCAACGCCGACCCUGCACUCAAUGAGCUACUGGUUUACUAUCUAAAGGAGCACACGCGUGUUGGCUCAGCUGACUCUCAGGACAUUCAGCUGUGUGGUAUGGCCAUCCACCCUGAACACUGCGUCAUCAACAUCACCGCGGAGACUGGAGUGGUGCUCACGCCACACCGCAGCUCCCGUACGUGUGUGAAUGGCUCUUCAGUCACCAACCCUGUCCUGCUUCACCAUGGAGACCGGAUCUUGUGGGGAAACAACCACUUCUUCAGGAUCAACCUGCCCAGACACCUGGCCCAUGCGGGGGGUGAGGAUGAGGCGGGUGGUGUGAUGAAGAAUUGCCUCAGUACUGACCAGUUGGAAGUGGAUUUUGACACGGUCAGCAAUGUGUCCAGUGAGGUCAGCUUUGGCUACGAGUUCGCCCAGACAGAGGUCAUGAUGAAGGGCAUGGGCAGCGACGACCCCAUGCAGUCUGUCCUCCAGACGUUGGAGCGACAGCACGAGGAGGAGAAGAGGACGGCUCUGGAGCGACAGAGACAGAUGUACGAGCAGGAGCUGCAGCAGCUGAGGAAGCGGCUCCCUCCUGCAGAGAAACACACUCUGCUGCUGCCGAGCCCUGGGCCUGACCUGGAGCCAGCCGGACCCUCAGCAGCAUCGAUCGCAUCAUCACCCUGCGCCCAGACACGCAUGCGGAGAUGGAGCGAGGACAGAGAGGCCAUGAUGACUCGUAGCCUGCGUAGACUGAGGGAGCAGAUCGUCAGAGCUAACCUGCUGGUGCAGGAGGCAGGCUUCAUAGCUGAGGAACUCAACAAGAGGACGGAGUACCUAGUCACACUGCAAAUACCUGCUGCUAACCUCGACGCCAACAGGAAGCGUGAUGCGGUGCUAAGUGAGCCUGCGGUGCAGGUGAGACGUAAGGGUAAAGGGAAACAGAUCUGGGCUCUGGAGAAGAUGGAGAACAGACUGGUGGACAUGAGAGAACUGUACCAGGAGUGGAAGGACUACGACGAUGACAACCCUGUGAUGCGUUCCUACUUCAAGCGUGCCGACCCGUUCUUCGACGAGCAGGAGAACCACAGUCUGAUAGGAGUGGCCAACGUGUUUCUGGCCUGUCUCUUCUACGACGUCAAGCUGCAGUACGCUGUACCCAUCAUCAACCAGAAGGGAGAGGUUGCAGGGCGUCUACAUGUGGAGGUGUGGCGAGGGAGCGAGGGGCUGGAGAAAGUAGAGACCAGUCCAGAUGGCGAGACACAGGAACGCAAAAUGGAGUGUGUGGUCAGGAUCCUGCAGGCUACAGGUCUUCCUCGUCACCUGUGUAACUUUGUGUUCUGCCAGUACCAUUUCUGGGGGCAGGAUGAGCCUGUGUUCAUCGCCCCAGAGGUGGAGCCUACACCCCCCUCAGCCACCAGCAGAGAUCCCCUCUGCACCGUACUUUUCGACAGUAGCAAGGAGCUGGAGGUGUGUGUGUCCGAGGAGUUUGUGGAGUUUGUGGCGGAGGGGGCAGUGGCCAUCGAGGUGUUUGGACAUAAACAGGUGAACCACCGCAGGAACCUGGCUCUCUGGGAUCUGGGAGUCAUUCAGGCCAAGACACGAACCCUCAGAGAGAGGUGGAGUGAGGUGACUCGUAGGCUGGAUCUCUGGGUUCAGGUGUUGGAGCUGAAUGACGCAGGAGAGUUCACACCUGUAGAGGUCCUACCACCCAAGGACGUACGCACCGGGGGCAUCUUCCAACUCAGACAGGGCCAGUCUCGUCGUUUGCAGGUGGAGGUACGGUCUGUACCUGACUCAGGAACCAUGCCCCUCAUCGCCACAAACAUCCUCUCUGUAUCCAUUGGCAACGUGGAGGUACGAGAGAUCUGCCGCUGGGAUGAGGACGUGGACAGCUAUCAGGAAGGUGAUCUGGAGAGGUUGAGAGACCAGUGGCUGACCACUCUCACUAAGAGGCAACAGUACCUGGACCAGCACCUGCAGAAGAUGGUCCAAAAGCCCGAUAAGUCAGAGGAUGACGUGGAGAGGGAGGCCCAGCUGUUAGAGUGGCGUUUGACCCUGACAGAGGAACGUAACUCCGUCCUGUUACCUUCGGCUGGUAGCGGGAUCCCUGGAGCCCCCGCUGAGAGAGAUCCUGUUCCUGGGAUGGAGGCACACAUUCCUGUUCUCUUCCUGGACCUCAGUGCUGAUGAUUUCCAGGAUAACCUAUCUGCUCCACUGGCUGGGGGUCUAGAUGCCAUGCUUAACCAGGAGGAUGAGGAUGCGUUUUUUGACUUGCACAUCGUCAAGCACUACGAUGGAGGAGAGGUUGGUGCAGAGGCGUCGUGGGACUCUACGGUACAUAACUGUCCCCAGCUGAGUCGCAGUGUGUCAGCUGACCUCAGGGUGUACCUGAUCGUCAGGGUCGUAGUUCAGCUCUCUCACCCUGCUAACAUGCACCUGGUCCUCCGAAAACGAAUCUGUGUCAACCUAGCUGGACGACAGGGUUGGGGUCAGAGUCUGUUCAAGAGGAUGUCUCAUCGCAGCACCAUCCCUGGUUGUGGAGUCACCUUCGAGAUCGUCUCCAACAUCCCUGGGCAUGUCCAGGGUCCAGAGGACAGAGAGAUGCUGGCCAGACUAGCAGCCAGUGUUGAUGUUCAGGAUGUCCAGUCAGGGGACAGUGAGGCUGCCAUAGAGAAGUACCUCCGCAGUGUCCUGGCUGUAGAGAAUAUACUCACCCUGGACCGACUACGACAGGAAGUAGCAGUAAAGGAGACGUUGUCUGUCAAGGCCAAGUCUCCAAGUCGUGCUCUCAGCUCUCCUAACGUGAACCGGCUGUCAAGAUCCUGGAGCAGACAGGAUCUGUCCUCCAAUCACAGGCUAGAUGACAACAAGGGCUGGUCAGAGAGUAACCAGGACCUGUCAGUGUUCUCUCCACCGUCCAACUCCAGGCGCCUCCUGCCUAGCUCCGCUCCGCCUCUGGCCCAGAACAUCCACCCUGAGACGAUCAAGACUCUGGUUCCUCCUGUCCCUAAACUGCUAAAGUCCCUGUUCCCAACCAGGGAGGAGAAGAGAGACCUGACCCAUGUCCCACAGCAGCCUCUCCCUCAGAGCCUACCUCGCAUUGUAGUGCAGUCCGCAAGUGUUGAAGAGGACUUGGAUACAAAACUUAGUCGUCACUUGGUUCCCAUUGGGGUAACCGUCCACCCAAAGUGCCAAUCAGAGGCUGGGAAAACCAUGCCCCUCCCACCGGCUAUCAUCCCUCCACUCAUCCCUGAGAUAGAAGACCCCUUCCCCAGUCCGGUCAGCGAGGCAUCUAGUGGCUACAUGUCCACCAGCGUCUCCACGGCAACCCUGUCAGAGGCUUACCUGAUUUGUGGGGACCUCGGUCUGUCAGCCAAUCUCAAUCCAGAUGGCUUUGAGGUGACGCACAGGUCGUUCGAGUCCGACAUCGGUCGGUGUCUUCAUCAGGAGUCUAACAUGGCCGACCAGGAGGAAGAGAGGGCCACUGCUACUGACCUGGAGGCUUCAGAGAAACAGAGGACUGAUAUUGAUACACUACGAGCAGACUCUUCUCUCCCAUUGGAACCACAUGGAACCUCCGCAGAACCUCUUCUCAUAUCAAAACCCUAUAAAUCCUCAGGAGAACCUGAAGAUAUGAUUCCACCAGAGUCACUGACACACAAGUUUACACAAGAAUACUACAGACUACUACCGUGUGAAGAAUCAAUCCAACCAGAGUCACUGACACCGUCUACACAACAACAGUCUGUAGUAUCUAAUGAGUCUGAACCACCAGUCCAGCCAGUCAAGUCUGUACAAGAACAACUGAGACAGUCUUCACCAGACAAGUCAACAGAAAAACUGUCUGUAGUAUUAGACCAGUCAGAACCACCAGUCCACAUUAAAGACCCAGUCCAGUUAGAAGAACCACCAGUGGAGCCAAAGCCACCUCUAGACCAGCUAGCACCUCUAGACCAGCUAGCACCUCUAGACCAGCUAGCACCUCUAGACCAGCUAGCACCUCUAGACCAGCUAGCACCUCUAGACCAGCUAGCACCUCUAGACCAGCUAGCACCUCUAGACCAGCUAGCACCUCUAGACCAGCUAGCACCUCUAGACCAGCUAGCACCUCUAGACCAGCUAGCACCUCUAGACCAGCUAGCACCUCUAGACCAGCUAGCACCUCUAGACCAGCAAGCACCUCUAGACCAGCAAGCACCUCUAGACCAGCUAGCACCUCUAGACCAGCUAGCACCUCUAGACCAGCUAGCACCUCUAGACCAACUAGCACCUCUAGACCAGCUAGCACCGGCAGACCAGCCUGAACCUGCACUUACCCCUGUAAAGCCUCUGGUUGUCGAGCUUGCACCUAGCCAGCCAGCCCUAGCCCCAGCCCCAGCCCCAACCCUGGCUUCAGCUCCAAUCACGGCCGUAACUCCUGCUCCUGUCCCACCCAAAGCCCCUCUCCUAACCACUGUCCCAACCCUUCUUCCAGCACUAGUUGUCAAACCUCCCAGUAGCUCGGCAGCAAACCCAUUCAAGAUUCAGAAAGUAAAGACGUCCGAUCUGAAGUCCUUCCAUCCUAUCGUAAAUGAGGAUGAGAGCCAGGCCAGGAACAGUGGUCUUGGUGCUGAUCUCUCUCUUCCUCUUGAUAUCCUCUCUGACUCAGACGAAGGAGUCACUGACACAGCCACAGAGGUGCCUGACUGGCUGAAGGAGGGGGAGUUUGUGACUGUAGGAACGAAUAAAAGUGGCACUGUGCGCUACGUGGGACCUACGGAUUUCGCAGACGGAACCUGGGUUGGAGUGGAGCUGGACUUACCUGCGGGGAAAAACGACGGGUCUGUGGGUGGAAAGCACUACUUUCACUGUAACCCUGGUUACGGAGUGUUGGUGCGUCCUGAUAGGGUGAGCCGUGGAGGAGUCGGGGGCGGGGCUAAGGAGAAGCGGCGACAGCAGCAGAAGCGGCGCAGUGCUAACCUAUCAGGGUCCAGCCCUAACCUGGCUGCCCUCACUGCCCUGGCCAAGGGAGAGGGGACUGGGGCCAGUCGCAAAGGAGACAACCGUAAAUCCUGGAACAGCUGAGAGGAGAGUGUAGCAAGGUUGGGGUCAAUUUCAUUUCAAUUCAGUCAAUUCAAGAAGGAAACUGGAGUUACAAUUUAAAUUUCCCCAGAACACAUCUCUAGAGAUGCAUUGAGGAAAAUUUGAAAUUCGAUUUUUCAGUUUACUUUCCGAAUUGCUGGAAUUGAAACGAGAUUGACCCCAACCUGGUGGGUACUAGACACGACGCAACGCCACAACCAACUAGUAGAGGUGCAACCCGAAAACCACAGCAACAUCAAGACAUAAGAGGUGCACCGUUUUGUUGUUUUAAAUGUUCAGUCACCUAUGGACAGGUGGAGGAGAGGCCCAGUUCACGCUGCUGGCUGCAUCAAGGAGUAGGAUUAAGUUACCCCCUAGUCACUGAUCUUGGGUCAGUUUGACUUUUUCCCCACUCAUGAAUAAGGUUAGUAUUGGGGGGAGGGGAUGCAGAUUCUAGAUCUGUACCUAGGGGUAACUUCAUCCCGGAGCCAGUUUUGUGAAGUUGCCCCGAGUCACUGAUCUUGGGUCAGUUUAGCAUUUUCCUCACUAAUGGUUUGGGAGAGGAGGGGAAAGCUGAUCCUAGAUCUUGGUUAAUCUAGGGCAGGUGUGUCAAACUCAUUCCAUGGAGUUUUUUUGUUUGUUUUUCCUUUCAAUUAUUAAGACUAAGACAACCAGGUGAGGGAGUUUCUUACUAAUCAGUGACCUUAAAGCAAAAACACACCGAGAAUCUGACUGUCCAUAGACUGCCGAUGGGUACUUAUAACAGUGGGAGGCCAUUCCUUCAAAACAAAAGAGGUACCUGCUGCAUGCCGACCCAUCAUAUCAACGAACCUACCAAUUCUAUUUGUGGAAUCGCAAUGCUCGUCAGUGGCCAACAAUUUGACUUUGAACCAAUCAGAGAGCACCAACCCCCAAGUGGGAGAGCCAAUAAAAAAAAUAGGUCAUUUUCUCCAUACGUCCGUCCACGAAUGAGCCAGUCACACUUCAUAUGCAAUGUUAGGCUAUGAGAGGGUAGCUAGCUAAGUGCACAGACGCAAUGCACACAACACUAAAUACUUACUCCAAACAAGCUUACCACUGUAGCUAGUAAUCACAAUGGAUUAGCUAGUUUCCAUGAAACUGUGUUAGCUGCUGAGUUAGUGCAGUGUCCUUAGCUAUGUUAUGCUAGCAAGCUAAACAUUUGGCUAGGGACUGGCAGUAUGGGAUUAUGGAGAGUUAAUUAAAUGGUUUCUUUGUCAUCUUGCUUGGUAGUUAUCUAGCUGUGGCCUUCUGGUUAGUAUCAACAAAGACUUUCUACUAUGCUUGGGUGAUAUACCUUAUAUCGGGGUGUUUUCGAAAUAGCGUUGGUAUGAUUUUCAAUACCAAUGGUUUGCUAACUUGCCAGCUAAGUUGCUAGACGUCAAGGUCACACUUCUUGUUUACAGCAGAGCCAUUCAAUCCCCUCCUGGGUGGAUCAAGAUCCCUGUUGCUUAAAUUGUUUUGAGCAUUUAAAAAAAAAAAAUGUUUAAUGUUUUUUAUGGCGCCCCCUUGUGUGCACAUUCGGUAAUACCGUAUACCCUGGUAUGGUACAGAAACGGUAUGAACCUCUGGAUACUUCCCGACCCUACUUUCUACGAAAUAGCAACAUUAGCACAGAUAGCUUGGAAUCUAGACCAUAGGCAAUGGCAUUGCCAAACGACGCUACUGCCACCUUCUGGUUUGGAGUAUGUUAACAAGGCUGAGUGGCUGACGACUUCAAAGGUCUUUGCUGUGUGAACACAAACCAGAGAUUGACUGCCGCACUGUUCGGAGGUGCUAAGUACUGUCAGGCAAACGUUUGACAAGCCUACCGCUGUGUCUUAGCUUAGCUGUGUCUUCACUUUAAUUCAUCAAUCCAGUACAAGGGAGGCGGCGAAACUUGCACACACUCGGCACUCUUUGGAAUGAGUUUGACACAUGACCUAUAGGGCAGGGGUUCUCAAAGUAGGAUCUGCGGACAACUGCAGGGGGUCUGCUGCUAGAACUUUUUAUUUUUUUGUACUUUUUUUGGGGUGGGGGGUGUAUUACGAACAAAAGAUUGAACAACUUUUGGCCAAGGUAUCCGCAGAAUAAGUUUAAUGUGUUAAAUUACUACUAUUACAUUGUAUUGUAUUAAUGUUCUUGACCCAGGAGACUCACAGGGAUAUUGGUAUCCACAGUACUCCACCAAUUAUCUUUUCUUUCUUUCGUUUUUUACAUAAAUGUGAUUCAAGUUCUAAAAUGGCAAAGUCUUUGCCUCAUGGCAAAAUGUGCAGAAUUCCAGGAUGAUAGUUUUAAAACUGCAACUUUUUCUCUCCGAUGCCAAGAGGCCUUUUUUAAACGUUUCCUCUCCGGGCCCUCGACUUGUUUCGUUCAGCCUUUGCACUGCAGACGGCAUAGUAAAACGCCUUGUAGGCUGUUUUUAACACACUGGAGAUGUCUUCUGAUUAUGAGCGGGUCCUUGUUGAAUUUUCUAUCACAAAAGGGGUCCCAGGCCCCAAACCGUUUGAGAACCCCUGACCAAGGGGGGAAACUUCACCUCCAGAGCUUUCUUUCAUAUCAUCUGAAUGUAUUUUUUUGUCUGAUUGGGUCUCUCAGGUUCUCAAAUAACACAUGCCAUAUUUUAUUUACCAGGGUUGCGAUCAAUUCCAUUUCAUUUCAGGAAAUACACAAAUUCCAAUUCUAUUCAAUGCUUUUCAAUUAGGAAUUUUGUUUACUUUCUGAAUUGACUGAAAUUGAAAUGGAAUUUGCCCCAACCCUGGUUAUUACAACUGUGUGGCAGAACAAUAUGAUAUCAUGAUCUGUUUUUAGCUAACAGGAAAUAUUCUGUGUAUUAACUUUACUUCAACUGUUUGAUUGGAUCAUUUUAUGUUUGGAUGUUAUGUUAUCAAGUUUUGGGAUAGUGUGGGACAGGUAGAAUGCAACCUGGUAUAUAUUUUUGUUCAGUAUACAUAAAACACAACGCAACGUGAACGCAAUGUGAAAUGUUGUCCCAUGUUUUAAUGAUCCCAGAAAUUAUCCAUAUGUUCAGAAAGCUUAUUAUUCUCAAAUUUUGUGCACAUAUUUUACAUCCCUAUUUAGUGAGAAUUUUUCCUUUGCCAAGAUAAUCCAUCCACCAGACAGGUGUGGCAUAUCAAGAAGCUGAUCAUAUGACCAUAACAGAGGUGCACCUUGUGCUGGGGAUAAAAUGUGCAGCUUUGUCACACAAUUCCACAGAUGUCUCAAGUUUUGAGGAGCGUGCAAUUGGCAUGCUGACUGCAGGAAUGUCCACCAGAGCAGUUGCCAGAGAAUUUAAUGUUAAUUUCUCUACCAUAAGCCACCUCCAAUGUCGUUUUAAAGAAUUUAGCAGUAUGUCCAACCUGCCUCACAAACGCAUGUAACCACGCCAGCCGGCUUCUUCACCUGCGGGAUCGUCUGAGACCAGACAGCUGAUUUAAACUUUUUUUUUAAAUAUACUUUUUACCCCCUUUUCUCCACAAUUGGUAGUUACAGUCUUGUCCCAUCGCUGCAACUGCCAUACAGACUUGAGAGAGGUGAAGGUCGAGAACCAUGCGUCCUCCGAAACACGACCCUGCCCCACUGCUUCUUGACACACUGCUCGCUUAACCCGGGAACCAGCCGCAACAAUGUGUCAGAGGAAACGCCGUACAACUGGCGACCGUGUCAGCGUGUAUGUGCCCGGUUCCGCCACAGGAGUCUCUAGAGCGCGAUGGGACAAGGACAUCCCGGCCGGCUAAAUCCCUCCCCUAACCCGGGCCAAUUGUGCACUGCUUCAUGGGUCUCCCGGUCGCGGCCGGCUGCGACACAGCCUGGGAUCGAACCCGGGUCUGUAGUGACGACUCAAGCGCCACUCGGGAGGCCCGCUAAGGAGUAUUUCUGUCUGUAAUAAAACCCCUUUUGUUGGCGGGGGAAACAACCAAUUCUGAGUGGGUGGGACUGGCUCUCAAGUGGGUGGGCCUAUGGCUUCCUAAGCCCACCCAUGGCAGCGCUCCUGCCCAGUAAUGUGAAAUCUGUAGACGAGUGUCUAACCAAUUUAUUUCAAUUGACACAUUUCCUUAUAUGAACUGUAAGUAAUUUUUGAAAUUGUUGCUAUUUGCGUUUAUAUUUUUGUUCAGUAUAGUUGCUGUGCAUGGAUGGGUUCUGUUUUGUAUGCAGAUUUAUGUAAUGUAUUAAGGGGUUUAACACAUUACACAUUAGGCUUUGUUUUUAAUUAUUUUUCAAAUGUUUUAUACGUGCAUUCAGUCUGGUCUGACUGUAUGAAUGUUCCAUUUUAUUUCUAGAUGGAAAUUAGACAUUUUUAAAAGAAAUCGAUGGGAUGACCACUAAUCUCUUUUUUUAAUAUCAAUAUGGUGGUUACAAUAAACUGUAUACUUCUA